GCUACCAGCGUCAGGUUCGUCGAAUCGCCUCAUUAGCGUUUCAUCUGCGUGACGUCAUGCGGUCUCUCGGAUCGUCCUCCCCCGCCUACCGCCGCAUUCGGUGGAGAUACUCCCAGUUCGCAUAACACACGGUUCGCAUAACGGGGCAAAAUCCUCUCAUUAACGGGAGGUUCUUCAUUCUUAAGUGCUUCUAUAAAGUUCCGAGAAGUUGACGUUACUGAUAGGAUCGCUCCAAAAUAAUAAUAAUAAUGAUAAUAAAAUCCAGUGGCAUAAAUAUCGAAUCCAAGAACUGGGAGUGGAUGACUACGCAAGAGGACCAGCUCUGAAAAACGCUUUAUCUCUCGCUCUUAUCUCGUUUUUCCUUUUCUUCUUACUUAAGACUGUUCUCAAGACACCUGUGGCUCUUCUUUGUAUUUCGAAACAUAGGAAGACCCGAUGGAAAACUGCCACACUCUCUCUCUCUCUCUCUCUCUCUCUCUCUCUCUCUCUCUCUCUGAAAAUAUAAAAAUAUAAAGUGAUAAUUACCGGAGGAUUAUAAGAUGGAAAAAGUGCAUCAUGUUUUGCCUCGAUUUACUUGACUACAUAUAUGCGUUGGUAACGUAAGUUCUGAUAAACUUAAAGUGUCACUGAUAUCUAGUUGCUUUGAUACUAACGUGAUGAAAUGCAACGGUGCUCGUGUUUCAAAACAUAUUUUCUCCGAUUUCCAUCCAGUGUAUUCCAUAAAAUGAAACUCUUGUACAUUUAGUUGUGAAAUGCAAAAUUUGUUCACGAACUUGUUGCCGAACAUUUAGUGAUAAUGAUUCUAACUGGACAGUGUUUCCAAAUGUUUCCGAAAAGACGAAGAUUAAACACCGUCCUUAUGGUGCUCAUAAGCUUUUUCGCCUUCUACCUUUUAUAUAAAUCUAUUAACCUCAAAGCACGCCACUUCAUCAGUAAGCUGAAGCUCUUUGAAUAUAAAGCGAUCGAAAAUGAAGUUGACGAUGUUGUGUAUGACUAUAUAGAUGAUACGAAUGAACUGGAAGUCCAGAAGCGCUACGAAUUUCCGUACAAGUUCCUUUUAGACGAACCUAGCUUCUGCCGCGGCGGCGAUCUGCAGGUGGUUAACAUCAUCCCAGUUCGAGUAUCUGAUCGACCGGCGCGAGACGGGGUCCGUCGGACGUGGGGCUUGAAAGAAGUCGUAGCGUCAACCAAGCUGAAGCCUUUAUUCCUCAUCGGUGCUUCCAGGUCGCCAGAGGAGCAACAGAGCCUCGAGAGAGAGAGCCAGGCCUUCCACGACAUUAUCCAGAUCGACGUCGUUGAUUCGUACCUUAACUUGACGCUCAAGACGCUGACUGCCCUGCACUGGAAGCAGGGUCAAUGUCAACACGUCCCCUGGCUUCUGAAGAGCGACGCGGACGUUUUCCUGCACCCGUGGGCCGUUACCAAGACCUUGAGUUGGGCUAAGAAAGAUUUCGUCUGUAAGGUGCUGAAGCAAAGACACGUCUGUCGUUCUGUCAAUAAAAAGUGUCGCGACGGUCGGUGGGUCAUGCCCAGGGAGAUCUACCCGCAUGACCGGUACCCUCCUUAUUGCAAUGGGCCAGCCUACGCCCUCAGCCAAAGAGCUGUUCGAGAGGUCUUGAACGCCGCCUCAUUCAGAAAGAUGCAUUUCGCAAUGGAGGACAUUUAUUUCACUGGUAUUCUGCCUCAGGGACUCAAUCUUCAGUAUUACGACGUGGGUUCUCAGAUGUGCCUCUAUCACCUGGAAACGCCCCCUUACGACAGAAUCGCCAACGGCAACGCUCUCUUCAUUGUUGAUUCAUUUGGGAAAAGUAGGGGCAAAUACACGCACGAUGACUUAUGGCGAUUCUUGAAUGUAUCUCGGUUUACCAGUGUCUGAAACUAUUCGUAGGGAAAAAAGGCUGAGAAAAUGGUCGGUGUUGAGGCUAGUGAUCUAUUGAACAGAGCAGUUUGUCAAGCUCGUUGAGCAGAUAUGAAAAGAAAGUGGCAUUUUCAGUAGUUUCGGGUGCAUGAAUUUAACUUAUGUGUAUUAAUUACUGUAUACAUAAAAUUUAGAAUAAGUGAUAAACUGUUUACAUACAUUCUUUUUAUCUA